CCGGCGCGGCGUGGGGAGGAUGAUGAAACUCGGAGGAGCGCGGGGAGGGGAGAGGCCGCGCGCCUGCGCAGUGCGGGGGAAGCGGCAGGGAGGGCGUGCCGUCGGCUAAUAAGAGGCCGCCUCGAGGGAGGAGGAGCAGCGAGGAGCUCUCCUUUUGCUGUCGGUCGGGCGAGCCGGUAGGGCGCAGCAUGGCCAGCUACAGCGUGGAGGAGCGCGGCUGCCCCAACAGCCUCGGCUAUAGGCUGUUCUUCAGUGAGUUCUCCCCCGGGGGAGCCGGGCGGGCUUAGCCGAGGGGCUGCGGGAGAAGCUCGGGGCGCGGGGCGCCCGCGAGCGCGCAGGGCGGGAGAUGAAUGAAAGAGCGAGGCGAGCGCGCGCGCGCGUGCGUGCGUGUCCCUCGGGAGGGCAUUUGUGGGGCAGACAGGCAGCCUAGGAAAAAGCCACAGCCGGGCUCCGUUGGCUCCUCGACGCCUUCUCCUCCGCUUCUGGAAUCGUGUCAUGUAAUUGCUUUGAUAGACGGCGAGGCUCGAUCCUGAAUCCUUUCCAUGGCGCUCUGCUUUUUGAAAAAGUUGCCAUUGCAAUGUCCAACUUGGCGGCGCAGUCAGGGAAAGGGCUUCUCGGCAGCCCCCUGGGGCGAGUUUGCGUUUUGCGCCCCUGCAAGCGGCUGGUUCUCUGGGACAGAGGCGCUAACGCGGGGCCCUCCCUCGCAGGGUUGUUGUGAGGCUCGUGCAGCGCCGGAGCGUGCGCCAAGGGGUUUGCGGACGCUGCUGCAGUUUCCCCUCGUGGGUAGCCUGGUGCCAGCCCGCUGUGUCAGCGUGAAACGGGCCUGUCCAGAGAGCUUUUAUAUAGCUCUGCAGGGAUUUUUCACAAGAGAGAAGGGGAAGGGAUCCCAAAUGCACCAGCACUGCCGUCAUGCUGUCAUGGGAGUUUCCCUGCUUCUCCAAGGCCUAAUAUUUGGGGUGGGGUGGUGGAUUAGGCUUGGCGCAUGGGUGUGUGUUCCUGCAAUCCCAGUCACCCUUAAAUCUAGGGCUGGGAUGGGGAAUUGGGGUUGGGUGCAUCACCUGAAUUCAGUGCCCCUCCAAACUCUUGUAUACAAACACACCUGUCUUCCCAUGUGGACUUUCAGGGAUGGCUGCUCCAGCCAUGAAAUCACAACCUGUAAUGCUAUUAUUAUAGAAUGGCAGUGGAGAUUUCCCCACUUCUGUGAUUCUUUGCUAAGCCCCAGUUACCAACCCUCACUUUUGACUCCAGAAGGAUGCGGUACAGAAAAUAGAACAACAAAUACAUGGAACGUAGCAUACAAUACAUUUAGCUGUGUGAGAAGAGUACUUUUGAAAGCAUUUAGCUAUUCUGAAGGAGGAGAGAAGAUGGGGGAAGGGAAGCAAUUGGAAGGAAAUGAAAGUGCGAGAUACAGCUGCCCUUGGACGCUGUGACAGAGAACUUGAUAUAUGGAGAAAGAGAAAGUCCUUGCCCAAGGUACUAGAAUGGGACUGAUGCUGUCAUAAAAGUUGUGUGUGUGGUGAGGUUUAGGAUGACUGAUCAUGGCGUUAACUGUCCAUGUAAUGCCCUAUUAAGUGGCUAUGGCCUAGUUUGCAUGUCACAUUAACCAUAGUUUGUUUUUAAACUAUGGUGUAAUGUUAACUGAGCAGCAUGCGACUCAGACAUUCCUAAGGCAGUCCUUUCUUGCUGCUGUGCCACAAAUGAAGCAAGCCGGAGUCUGACUUGCUAUGUCAUCUGACCCAGGUGGUUUGGAGAUUACAAAGGUAGCUCACCUGGCUCCGUCUACCCUCACCUUUCAGAAUAGUUAAGUGUACUUAAGUACUCUUUGUAUAUGCUCAGAGUUGCUUGCUGGCUUUCCACUGGCUGUUUUGAAAUUUCUUGCCUUCCUUGGUGCCCCAAAAACUGGCAGGUGAGCUCCUGGUGCGCUGUUCUCCUCUAACCCUCCCCCAUUGAGCAAACAGCUGUUGGGUUUAAAGUCUGAACCAGACUGUCAGAUAUGGGCAGUGAAGGUGGCUGUAAAAUGAAAAGCCUCCCGCAGUAUAAUCCUUUAAGGCGAUUUUCAUUUCUUCCUGGUAGUGCUCCACCUCAAAACAGCUUCAGUUUUUGCUGCACAAAGAAAUGACGAUUAUCCAAAGUUUUCUUAACUGAUGUUCCUGGUAAGCUGAAAAAGCUGAAUCAUAAAACAGGUCCACUGGAGUGAGAGACUGCCAUGCUUUUUACUUGAGGCUCCUAAGUCCACACCCAGGCAAUAUCUUUAUUAGGACUAAUUAGAAUACCAAAGCAGGGCACCAGCCAUUUAAAAAGAGGCAUUGAUGGGAGCAAUUUGUGCAGACACUGAGACAAGGUGUGCUCGAUCCCUGGCCUUGACUGGAGAUUCCUUUUUAAGGUAAUGCUCCAAGAUGCAUACUCUUCUAGAUUGAGAAAUGCAACUUGCAGUUUGUUUCUGGCGACUGCUGGGGAAAACUUUUUCCUAAAGUGACUUAAGUACAUGAAGGUAUCUACCCUGCUGUCAUCCAUUCUAGUGGAAGCCCGGCUUGGCUUGCUGGCAGUUAACCUUGCCUGUUAAUCCAGGAAAGCCAUGAGUCCAAAAUUAAAUGAGCCUCUGAGUCCAGACAUACCUCAGCUAAUAAGUUUGGACAAAUGGAUAGGUCCAGGUAGUGGUGAUUUUUCUCAUCACAGGCUACCAGGGAACUGGCCACCUUCGAGUCUUAGCAAAGUAGACUCCAGUGACUUAGUCAGAGUUUUUUUUUUAAAGUCCUGUUGCCCAGUGCCAUUUGAACUAGAGGUCUUCUUGCACAACAUGUUCUCUGCUGCUGAGCUGUGACCCUGAACCCACAUGCAACUUACUAGGUCCUCUUUUCAGGAGUGUGCAAUGCCAUAAGGGAGCAAAUUUUCCAUGGCAAUACUUGUGUGUGGGUAAAUAUAGCAAACGUGUGCAUGGGGGCAAUUAUUUGGGUCUUUCCCACCCCCGCCACCUCCCCCAAUGAGAGGGAAAGAUUCUGCUUGGGUGGAAAGGUGCAGGAAAAGGGUGCAGCGCAUAUUGCUGCAGUUCUCUCUCCCCUACCCAGUCCAUGACACACACACAUGCACUGUGUUGCUGUGUGUGAUAAUUUCCUUGGAGAAACGCCAUGUAGGUGUGUAGGGGGGUCUAAAAGUGAUGGGAUUGUGACAUCUACUGACAUCUAUCCAAGUACCCUUAUCAUUGUGCAAUAUGAUGUGUAGGAAAUCAUUUUGUUCAUCUUUGGAGAUAUAAGCUAAACCAUUUCAGGGCAACUUCAUAUCAGCCUCAGUUGUCAUUUGAUAAGGCUGGAGUCCGCUUGCUUGUACAGGUUUUGCUGUUUUCAGAGGCUCCUGUAGUUUGCACUUCAGGGAGAACGCCUUCUGAGAUACCUCGUAAAACUGAACGCACUAUGCUGGAGCACAGAAGCAGCAGCAGAAAGGGCUAGCCCGAGCCCUGGGCUUGGCUACCUGGCUGUUGCAGGUCACAGUCUACAGGUAUCUCUGACUACUGUGGAAGUGCCUUGGAGACUGCAUAGGCUAUCUGAAGCACUGCUGUUAGCGAUGGGAGCUUUAAGCUGCACAUGGAUGGUGGGGGUAAUCUGUGACGAACCGCUAUCACAUUUAGUGCUCUCUUCUGAGAAACUAGGGCGGGUAGGAACUAGGCAGCACACUUGCUGUUGCAGUGAUUUCAUUGGAACAAAACCCAAUUGAUAGGACUGUGCCAACUUGUCUUUGUUUAUAGACAUUCACAUUCUUUAAACUUUCUAUCCCUGGUACUUUGUCAGCUUUAUUUUACUACUGCAUGCAUUAAAGAUAAUCAAAAACUUGGACAUUUCCUUUGUUUUUCAGAAAACCAUAAGGGACAGUACAUUUCUCCGUUCCAUGACAUUCCGAUACAUCCAGAUGCUCGCAAGGUAAGGCUCGCGGUCAUACUGAGCAGAACUUUGUGGGGAUUCACCCUGCAGACUGUAUAAAGGUGACCCAGUCACUCGAUGUAGAGUUGCUUAUUCUUAACAGGGGACAAGCUGUGUGUGUUCAAAGCAACUUCAACCUAAUUUCUGAUCCGUGCUUGACAACUUAAGGUAACUGCCUUGGCUUUAUUAACCAAUGUUACUUAAGUAAAACUUGGCACGAAGGGCGGAAUAAUCUUUAACAUAGCAUGUGCAUGUAAAUUAAUUUUUGUUCUUAAGUUGGGAUGGAGGGGUGCAACUUUCCCUUUACUACCAUUGUUCACUAGUCAUUAGUGCCUGCUUCAGCCCAACGCUCACUUUUCUCUUUUCAGCUGUAGAACAGAGGUUCCUAAACUGGUCCACAGACCACCAGUGUGGUGUAGUGGUUAAGAGCGGUAGACUCGUAAUCUGGGGAACCGGGUUCGCAUCUCCACUCCUCCACAUGCAGCUGCUGGGUGACCUUGAGCUAUUCACACUUCUUUGAAGUCUCUCAGCCCCACUCGCCUCACAGAGUGUUUGUUGUGGGGGAGGAAGGGAAAGGAGAAUGUGAGCCGCUUUGAGACUCCUUUGGAUAGUGAUAAAGCGGGAUAUCAAAUCCAAACUCUUCUUCUUCUUCUUCUUCUUCUUCUUCUUCUUCUUCACCAGUGGUCCACAUGCUUCAUUUAGGUGCUGUAUGGUGUGUCUGUGAAAACGCAGUUUAAAACAGCACAGUGCCUUACAAUUGGUACAACAGGCAGAAAAAUUGCGAAGCGGUCUACUAAAAAUCCUCAAAAGUUUUCAAGUGGUAAAAGCCACUCCACAAAAAAGCUUCCAACUGGCUGACUUUCCCAGCAGGAGGAAAUACAUAACUGUCUCAUAUUAUUGGCAUUUUCAUGUUCUUAAAGGGAAGCUGGGGAAGCUGGUUCAUUGCAUUUUGUGUCCAACUUAUACAGUGUGAUGUUGCCAAAAUGAAAAACCCUUGGUGCUGACUUCUUAGCUGUGUUAGGUUCCCCCGGAAGUUUUCUUUCUCAUCCUUCUUUCCAGAUUUUAGAAAUUCAGUUUUUUUAUAUCAAUGAUAGUACUCUUCCCCAUAAAUUGUUUGGUAUUGAAGGGUUGUUAUUAUUCUUAGCAACCUAUCUUAAACUUAUAUUUGUACACAAUGGCCAGCUUCAAAAUGUAACAAUCUCAAUCUGAUAAAUCAAGUUUUCGGGGCCUGAAAAUGUACUUUUUGCCUACUCACCACAUCCCUAUUCCUUCUCUCCUCCCAUCUUCUGCUUUGGCAGUUAUAUCAUGAUUUGUUUUUGCCUCAGUUUUCUGUUGUAUCUGAAUUGGGAAACAAUGGUUUGCAAGCAGGGAUUGAACAAGCACGUCAAAGUAGGGCUGAGCCCUUCAGGCACAAGGAGUUUUAUCAACCGAAUAAACCAUCAUUUAUUGGCUUUUUUGUUUUUUAUAAAUUUUUGUAUUGCUGAUACAAGGGGAAAAACCAGACAGAAUAAUAUUGCAACAGUGGACAAAGACAAAAAGAUCAUGCUCUGUAAAUGUAAUGCACCACUACAUAUAUUAUGGGCAUUAAAGCAGAUCAGGGUUGAAUCAGGUCUUAACUAUAGUUUUUUGGAUCAAGAGCAUUAAGUCUGAAAUGGAACAAUGUUUGUUUCACAUUUUCUAUAGCUUUUGUUGUUCCAGCACUUUUUUGUUUCCAAGUAGGCCUAGAGGCAUAACUUGAUGCAGUGAAAUCUUCACAUGUUGGCUUCUGAAAAUACUGUAAAGUUAAAUAGUGUUGUCUUAUUUGGGCAGCCCAAACUGUCAGGUCAUGACACAUUUUUAAAAAAUCAUUACGAUUCAAAUUUUGGGCUAUAAAUAUCAAAACUCCAGGUUGGCUAACAAAACAAGAGCAGCACAUAAUUGUACCAAAUUUUUAAAGCUCACUAUUAAAGAAACCCAAAUUAGUUAGCAACAAUCAGAGCAGCAUUAACAAGAAAAACACUGUAAACUAUUUUGCAUGAAUGACCCUGUGGUUUUUCUGUGUGUGUGUGUGUGUGUGUGUGUGCGCGCGCGCGCAACCAGCUUAGUUUAUAAAACAGUAGAAUGGAAAUCUAAUCUCGUUGACAUUGCCUUAGAGUAAAAGCCAAGGUCUGAGGGGGCAAAAGGAAUAGCAGGGUUGAAAACUAGAAUUGAAAGGAGAACUUAAGUUUAAGUAGAAUCUUGGCUAAUUUUAGGCAUGUACAAAUCGGAUAACUAAUGGCCACUGUAAAUGGUGCUCUUGGGCACAAUUUACCUCAUGUGGCAAGCGAUAACUCUUGCAACAGAAGGAAUGGGAUUUGGCUGUCACUUGAGGCAUGGUAUGCCUUGUCCACUAUAUUCCAUCUUCAGUUAUAAAGUCCUCAAAUACAGCUGAAAACAACCCCGCAAAUUCAGCCACUGCCAUCAGUGGAGCAAGGAGUAGAGGCAGAGGCUUCAUGUGGUUGUUUUUUAAGAAUCCACCUGUGGUAGCAGAACGGAUUUGUGCGCAAUGAGACCCUGCCUCUUUGAAGGUGCUAUACCCCUUGCUUAUCUGUUCGAGACACAGGUAUAAAAGUUAGUAAGAAUAAGCAGACAUUUUAUUGUCCCAGAAGCUAAACAAUACAAUGCAGUACAGUACUGAUUCUCAGACUUCGCUUCUCUUUGUUUUUAUUGCAGGGAUGGCUCUCCUCGUUAUUCUCCUGGGUCCUCCACAGCUUCAGUAGCAGCCCAGAUAGGGAGUCCAGUUUAGGGCAAAAGGUUACAUUACCCAGUCUUGUCUACAGCUCUUGCUCCUAAUCCUCGUAUUCUUAAGAUCUUGAGAGGAUUGGAGAGGUUCUAAAUUUAUCAGCACCUGGGCUGCUGCCCUCGUCGUAUUUUAAAUGUAUAUGGCCUCGUUGUACCUUUCCAUGCUUGCCAGGGCAUGGCAAACUGGAAUGCUGCUUAUGUUUAUGUAUGAAAAGGGUGAGGGGCUCUCUUUGCCUCAGGAAAUAGCUACAGAACUGUCUGGGCUUCUGCCAUAAAUAUUUCCAUUAUUACUUUAAUAUACUUGCAGGCUGGUUUGUAAUUUAUAUGGGCUGCAUUCAGAGCAGUACCAGUGGCGUUUUGCUGAUGCGGUUGUGCUUCUGUUUCCUUUCCUUCCCCCCGUGCACUCCACAAAACCUUCCCCAAAGGAUCCUUCAAGCCUCUGGAGCUGAUUUUGAGAGCUGCAGGGGACAGAAGGGGAAAGUUGUAUUACGCUAGUACAAAUAUCUUGUGUUAGGGGAACAGGAGCCUUGGAUACUGCCUCAAGGCUCCAUGAUGGUUCCAAUCCACUUGACUCAUGUCUGCAUAAUUUUUAGCACAUUUAAUUCUGUUUUCUUAAGAAGCUAUUUUUCCUUCUGAAGGAAGAAGGGAUGUCCCCUCCCACCUCGUUCUCAAAGUAGGCUGUUGAUAAAAUUGAAUCCAAUUCACUCUUCGAACGGUGUUAGGAAACUGAAGUCUGAUUAGAUAAUUUUCUGAGAUACGAGCUAGGUAUUUGUGGGGGUGAUGUGUUUACCUAAUAAAGGCUUUUAGUCCAGAAUUCCACAUACUUAAGAGUAACCCCCAUUGUGCUUCUGAGUAGACCUGUAUAGGAUUUGCAGUGCGAGGUUCCUUUGCAGGUCUCAAAAUGCCUGUCGGAAUUCUAGCUUUAAAAAAAGGCACAUUUGAAAUAAUUGUUGUGAGAAGUGUCUCUGAUACUUCAUGCCAGCCAGGUUGCUCAUUCCUGUAUUCAGUGGAUAAUCCUAAAUGAUGUUAUUCUUUCUUCUGCCAGGGUGGAAUUUGCUCUUCUGCGGCUGCUAUGUAAAUGCAGUUUAUUUUUAAAAAAUUAAAAGAAAAUCUGGAUGUGUAAAAUCUUAACCUGCAGUUGAAAGCAAAAUGUAUUAGCAUGAUAGUGAUCUUCAAUCAUUGAACUUUUGAUUGUGUUCAUGCAUCUGUGCAAUAGUCUCUUGCGUAAUGGUCUCCAUUAAAUAUCAAGUUAUGCAACGAAAUACCAGGUGGUUGGUCUUUUUUGCUUCCAUUAAGGAUUGAAAGACUCAAAAGACAAAACUGUCUCCCCCACUGAUGAAUGCAUGAAAGCUUUAUAGUUUUCACCCCAUUCCUUUAUUGCAGCCCUUGAGGGGGGGGGAAUUACUUGAAUCCCGAUGGCUUUGCUAUUUUUACUUAAGAUCUAUUAUCUAGACAGUUAUAUUUUUAAUAAACAAAAGUUCAAUUCUAGAUUUACAUGGAUAUGGUAUAUACCUCUCUGGUUUCUUAUUCUUUUCAGGAUGUGUUCAACAUGGUUGUGGAAAUACCUCGAUGGACCAAUGCUAAGAUGGAGGUAAUGGCAUUCUAUAUUUGGAAAGCUGUAGUUCCUGGCUUGGUGGCUGCCUCUUCAUUAAAAUCAGCUUAUCCGUGAAAGAUAAAGCCAUUCUGCGUCAGCCUCUUUGAAAUUUGAAAUUUCCUGAUUAGUUAGUAGUAAAGAAAUGGGCAGCUAUUCUAAAUCUGCAGGACUGUGCACACAAUUCGUGAGCAAGCCCUAUUGGACUUCUGAGUUUUCAUGGUUGCUGUCAAUUUGGAUAUUUAAUUUACCGUAUUUUUUGCUCUAUAGGACGCACCAGACGAUAAGACGCACCUAGUUUUGUGGGGAGGAAAACAAGAAAAAAAAGAUUUUGGAUCCCAGAAGCCAGAACAGCAAGAGGGAUCUGGCUUCUGGGAUACUGUGUGGCUGUUCUGGCUUCUGGGAUAACGUGCCAAGCCUCUUCAGGGCAGCGGGAUGAAGGCUCCCCCUGCCCGGAAGAGGCUAAGGCGGAAGCCAGGACAGGCGCAUUGCUGAAGGGGCACUGCGCUGUUCUCCCUCUCUGCACAUCACCUCUCCUGCGAAGGAGGCGCCCCUUCAAGUGAAGCUGGAGAAGGAACAAAAGUCCCUUCUGGCUUCCAGGACAGGCGCCUCGCUGAAGGGGCGCUGCGCAGAUAAGGAGAGCUGCGCAGCACCCCUUCAGCGAAGCGGGAGGAGGAACAGAAGGGGCUCCGUUCCUCCUCCCGCUUUGCUGAAGGGGCACUGCGCAGCUCUACCUCUCUGCGCGGUGCCAUUCACUCCAUAAGACGCACUCACAUUUCCCCUUUAUAGGAGGAAAAAAGUGCGUCUGGCGGAAAUGACUGGUAGAAUCCAUGACCAGGGAGAAGAGUUGGUGGAGGAAGAUUGGAAGAAAUUCAAAGAUUAUCUUCAGAAACAUUGCAAAAUUAAAGAAUGUUAGAGUGAUGUUGGACUGAAAAUACCGUAUUUUUCGCUCCAUAGGACGCACUUUUUCCCCUCCAAAAAUGAAGGGGAAAUGUGUGUGCGUCCUAUGGGGCGAAUGCAGGCUUUCGCUGAAGCCUGGAGAGCGAGAGGCAUCGGUGCGCCCCGACCCCUCUCGCGCUCCAAGCUUCAGGAAGCUAUCCGCAAGCCUUGCAAGCCCGGUGGGAGUUCCCGCGGGCUCACAAGGUUUGCAGGCAGCAGCCUGCAGCCCCGGCGAGUGUCCGCAAGCCUUGCGCGCCCGGCAGGAGGUCCCCGUGCUUCGGGCGAGUGUCUGCAAGCCUUGUGCGCCCGGCAGGAGGUCCCGCCGAGCGCGUGAGGCUUGGGGCGGUAGCCUGCAGCCCGAAGCACGCGGAGCCCUCCGGAGGGUGCCCCGUGCUUCUUGCAGGUGUGCACAAGGCUUGGGGCGGCAGCUGCGGCGGGGGGGGGAAUAAUUUUUUUUAUUCAUUUCCCCCCCAAAAAAACGAGGUGCGUCCUAUGGGCCGGUGCGCCCUAUAGAACGAAAAAUACGGUAAGUGGUUUCCAGCUGUACAGGUUAAAGUUAUUGAUAGACUAAGAUUAAAGAUUAGGAUUAAAGAUGUUUAAGGAAAUGGAAAUUUGGUACUUAAGAGGUAAAAUUUUAAUAUUAUAUUACAUUAAGAUUAAAGAUUAGGAUCAAAGAAGUUUAAGAGUUAUAUAUUAUAUUAAAAUUAAAGAUUGGGAUUAAAAAAGUGGAAAAGAAAUUGCUAGACAAACAAUUUGGAUUGGAAUACAAAAGAGGGAGGUAUGAGGAAGUCCAGAAAAUAAGUAAACUCAAAAACGGAAAUGGAAAAGUGAUAUUGCUUUUAAUUAUUAUGUUUCUUUUUUUAUUGUUGUUUCUUGCUUUUCGUGUGUUUUUUUUUUAUUUCUUUCUGGGAUUUGUAUUGUGUAUUUGUGUAUUUUUUUAUGUUUUUUCUGUUCAAUUUUUGAUUGAAACCUUAAUAAAAAAUUAUUUUUUUAAAAAAAAAAAGUGCGUCUGAUGGAGCGAAAAAUACGGUACUUUGAAAAUGUGAAUUGAAGCACCUUUAGGGAAAAUACCGUCCUAAAAUUGGAUUGCUUGCACAUUCUUCUGUUAAUACUAAACUUAAACUAAUUCUGUUUCAGAUUGCAACCAAAGAUCCUCUAAACCCAAUUAAGCAGGAUGUGAAGAAAGGAAAACUACGUUAUGUCGCUAAUGUCUUUCCCCACAAGGGAUACAUCUGGAAUUACGGUGCUAUUCCACAGGUAUUUGUCUAGCUUUCUUUAUUUUCAGAGGUCUUUUAAUUGCUGAGCAUAAAUGUUCAUUAGGCUGCCCCUGGAAGUGCUAUGUUUCUGUGCAAACAUUUUAGCAAAGCAACAUUAUAGCAAGAGCAAAACACUAAUGAGGAGGAACGUGUAACUAUUGCAUGGACAACAGGGUGGCAAAAUCUCAGGAGAAAAGUGAGAGUACAGUCUAUGUUGUAAACAAGGAAGCUGAUUGUGCUGCAACUGAAUCAGUUGGCUUUGCAGAUCACAAUUCGCAUAUCAGGGUCAUCUUGAAAAGUACACAAGCAACCCCUCAAUUUACGUAGGUGUUGCAUUUCAACACACACCGCACAUUUAAAUGAAAUUGUGUGUAUUUGAAACACAAUCGAAAAAGCUUGCAGAGACCCCAUUUUGGGGCCACUUCCAGGUUUGGCACAAUGUGAGCAUGUGUGAUCGUGCACAUAUCAGACAUACCUGAAACGGUCGCUGCCUGUAUUAAACCCUGAAAAAGCCAGCACAAGUCACAGGGGAUAAUGAAUGCAUAUGACUAAGACUUUAGAAACAUGGCAUUCCAGUGCACUAACCAGACUUUUUAAGAAGAAGAAAGUGAGAGCUUGCUGUGGAAGCUGUGCUGUUAUAGUUUUAUCUCUGUAAUACUAACUCUCUUUUCCCUACUUCAGCUAAUUCAAUUCCAAUGCUUGUUUUCUAGCUGGCAUCAGUCCCUCCCUUUGGUCAGUUUGUUGUACCUCACUGAUCAAUCCUCUAUUUCAUGUGGUACAGAGGCUACGACAUACUGUCAGACACUUCCUCCUGCCCCAGUUGGCAUUGUGGUUACAGUUCUUCCACCUUUUCUGAAUUAGACUUCAGACCUGUCCUACUCUGAGUUCCCUCUGACCACAGAACUACUCAGACUUCCUCUGCCCAAUCAUGUAUUCUUGUCUUCAAUCAUUUCAAAGAUUUUUAUAUUUAUUUUUUAAUCUUAAACAUGUAUUGAGGUAACUUCUACUUUCCAAAUUGGCAGCAUUUGUUCCAGCUAAACUUUAGAUGGCCAGCAUAAGGGAUGCCAAGGCAUCAUUAUGUAAACUGUUCCGGAGCCCUGACCUUGCCUGCCGGGGUUUUAAUAACUCUGCUUCUGACCUGGAAGGAAGUUAGGUCAAUUUCUAUUAAAGCAGUCUGAAUGGCAACUUCCCUCUGGCAUGUGUUAUCAACACGUCCAUAUUUCUGUGUAAGGUAGCUAAAUGCACGCACGUGGAAGUCUCUUCGACUUGAAUUUAUGCGAGCGUGUUCUGGUUAAUGCAACAAAUCUAACGGCAAAUUGAGCUUUCAUAACUGAUCUAAAAAUUUCCCUGCUCCUUUCAUAUGCAGGAAGAUGCAGUGCUUUGUGGAUUUGGUUAAGUGUCAAACAAAAGGCCUAGAUUCAGCUAGGAAAAGCAGACUCCUUCCUCUGAUUCCUGAAUUUUCUUGUAAGAAAUAUAUCACAACAGCCAGCCAUACCCUUGUGGCUGUCAGUGGACAAAGUUGGCUGCCUAAAGAGCAUUUCAAGAGAAAAUACUUUUUAAAAGACGUAAAACUGCAAAUGCCGUAUAAGCAGCCCAUUAGCAAAGUAACUGUGUAUGUGUGCUACAUAUAACCUCUUCUUCUUUUUAAAGACAUGGGAAGACCCAGAGCAUAAAGAUGAAAAUACCAGCUGCUGUGGAGAUAAUGAUCCAAUUGACGUUUGCGAAAUUGGAAGCAAGGUAACGUGUUUAUUGAAGUGGUGGUGGUCUGCGUUUAGAGCUGUAAACUGUUGUUUCAAUCUCUCUUUUUGUCCACAUUGGUGAAACUUUACACCUGAAUGUCUUGCUGAACCAGACUUUUCAGCUAGUUGCCCUGUGCAAACUUGGGCAUUAUAAUUUUGCAUCAAGGCAUGGUAAGGUUGCAAUGAGUUUAAAUCAGCGGUAGGUAACUUGUUCUGCAUAUACAACCAUACUGGAAAUGUAUUAAGGGCUUGUUAAAGUGGGUCUGUUUGCUUCAACUGAUUUAAUAUAGUGUUCAUAAUGGAUUCUAGAAUGUAUCUGUUUUGGUAGCAGAAACAGAGUCCUAUGGUACCUUAAAACGGAAUUAUUGUGACAUCAGCUUAAACGGACUACAACUUACUUCGUCAGAUGCAGGAAAUGCUCUUCUCAGCUGGAACAUAUGCCUGCAUUGCUACGCAGAGAGAAGUUUGUAAAGAGUGAGGCUAAAAUAAAUGCCAAGGCUUACAUUUCUACACGGACUCUAAAUACUAUUUAAUAGAUGCCAAGAUAAGUUAGACUCAUGCUGUGGUAUUGUCUUAAAACCGUUACCCCUGAGUCCGCCCUCAAAAUUUUUUGAUACAAUGAUAAUUAAUAUGACAUGUGAAACAUCAGACUUUUUUAUCUCCCAUAUUCUCAGUCUCUCUACAAACAUCUGUAGUUAUACCUUUAAUCUGAAAAUAAAAAUAUGAAAGAUGAGCUCCUUGGGAAAACUUUACACCAACUCACAAAUAUCUUGGUUGGUGAGUGUUUGUCUCUGGUUUAGGCAGAAUAAGUGGUUCAGGCCUAUUGCUGAGCAAUCGGUGAGAGAUACUACAGUACUUAACGAUUACGGCUUAUUUGAAUUGUUUGUUCAGUCUUUCCAUCUUAUUAAUGAGGAACAUCUACUCAAUCAGGUGUGCAGCAGAGGAGAAAUAAUUAAAGUGAAAGUGCUGGGUGUUCUGGCAUUGAUUGAUGAGGCUGAAACAGACUGGAAGGUCAUUGCAAUCAACACUGAAGACCCCGAUGCUGCUAAAUUGAACAGUAAGUAGCACUGAAGUGAUCAGAACUUUCCUUCCUCUCCCUUCAAAUACCCAGCAAGGAAAGGUGAGAUCUGUGUAGAGCACAGGUAAUAUGAUGCUGUUUAUGUCUCUAGAACAAUGUAUUCCUAGAUCCAUGGAAUAUGUAGCAGGUUGUUAACAAACCUUUAGCAGGAUGCUAACAUCACUACUGCACAAAUCUCAUGGAUGGAUGGUAAUAAUGGUAAUCCUACUUGCCUUGAAGGGACUGAAGUCUUGAGUAAAUCAAAGUUUUGUAGGUUCCACUUCAUUUAGAAGAGGUGAAACUUAUACUACUGGUUAUAGCAUGAGCAAUAAAUAUUUGGACCAAACGUUGUUGUUUUCUAAGUUGCUUUAAGUUUCCUGGGGCAAAAAAAAGACUAAUAAAUUUAGUAAUAGUAAUGAGAGUGUGUUAAGUGCCAGAAACAUCAGUUGCUUUGUUUACAGAAGGAAGUGCAAGCAAUGUAUUGAGACUUUGCUAUGUGGAGUUUAUCUGUAGCUUGGAGACCCAGUUACAAAGAGCAGGAAGAUUUCUCCCAUGGUCUAGUUGGAGUCUGUGCCUAGAUGGAGCCUAAGGUGUGGUCAGAACUUCAUAAGUUGGCAUAUUUUAUGAGUCAUGGAUAGGAAAACUGCCAGGUCUCGGUGUUUACACAAGAAAUAGUACCUUUAUAAAACACCAGCCUAGUUUUGAAUUAUUCUUCACUGCAUGCGAUUUCCUCUCAACUUUCUACACACCGGUUAAGGCAAUGGGUUGGUUGUUUUUUUAGUUUGGUGGGAGUUCUUAGAUUCACCUCUUCCCUGUAUAGGGGUGGAUUUCUAGUGGGGUUGCCAACUUUGCCCUUGCAACAAGAGUCCACUGAGAAAGAUAAGAAUAAUGCUGUGCUAAGUUGUAGAUCUUGGCUGUGGUUCAGAAAAAAAAAGUGCCCGUGCAAAGUGAUAGGUUCUAUCUAUCUAGGUUCUUGUAUCUGUUUGCAGGCUCUCUGCAAACCUUUAAUCCACGUUAGAACAAUUGCAACUAGGCAGGAAAAUGGAUAUGGUGGCAGGGUUGAGGGGUAAAGCAUGUUCUUGAAUCUAAGGCAUGUCCUUUUAGUGUCCUGUAACUAAUACUCGUAACUGGGUUCUGAAGGCAUGGUUCUUAUUUUUAUUUAUAAGAUAUUAAUGAUGUCAGGACAUUGAAGCCUGGCUAUUUAGAAGCGACGGUGGACUGGUUUAGAAGAUACAAAGUACCUGACGGGAAGCCGGAAAACCAAUUUGCAUUCAAUGGAGAAUUUAAAGACAAGGUAUGUUUGCAUCCUGAUGGAUAUCCGUCAAUGUCCGAAAGAAUGCCUAGCGUCUUUCACAGUAAAAUGGCGUUCCCUGUCAGCACCAACUCCUUUUCGGUAAUUGACAAUAUCAUGGGGAGCCAGAGUUCUUCAUGCUUCGUUCUGUGGGGAAAGUAGCCCCUGAUGAGUGCUUCAUUUCCUUUAGCUGAAAGUUAAAAACCUAUUACAGUGGUACUACAGAAGACGAAAGAAUCCGCUCUGGAGUCUCUUCGCUCAGCUGGUUUUUCUGCCUUGCGAAGCAAGCCCAUUGAUGAUUAGCGGAUUAGCUGCUGUUAGCGGCUUUAGUGGCUUUGGCAUGGCUAGUCAAGCUAUCGGAUAAGCUAGAUGGCGUUUAGCUGACUUAGAAAAGAGGGAAAGGAAAAAAAACCCAGGAACUCGCAGACAUUUCGUCUUGCGGCAAGCCCAUAGCAGAUCUGCUUUUCUGAGGCACCUCCAAAGCGAAAACUCUUCGCCUAGCAGUUUUCCGUCUUGGCGAGCAGUGCUUGCCUGAGGCACCACUGUAAACAGACAAAUGUACAUACAGUGGUACCUCGGGUUACAUAUGCUUCAGGUUACAUAUGCUUCAGGUUAGACUCCGCUAACCCAGAAAUAGUACCUCGGGUUAAGAACUUUGCUUCAGGAUGAGAACAGAAAUCGUGCUCCAGCGGCGCGGCAGCAGCAGGAGGCCCCAUUAGCUAAAGUGGUGCUUCAGGUUAAGAACAGUUUCAAGUUAAGAACGGAACGAAUUAAGUACUUAACCGGAGGUACCACUGUAUUCUGUCAUAUGUUUGUUUACACACACACACACACACACACCCCAACACUUGUAACAGCUCAGCCAUUCUCUCAUAGAAAGACAUAGGCAAAGUGCUUUUAAUUCCCUUUCUCAUCUGUUAGGUUGUAUAAUAUUUAUUGCUUGAUAAACCUUGACUGUUCAUUUCUUGUUUUUCUCUUUUCAUUGGAGACUGUUGUGGCUCAACAAGCACAUUUAUUUAUAUUUCUCUGUCCUGCCACUUGGUUAGAGGUGAAGCUGCAGCAUUUAUCUUCUUCUUUUAACAUUUCUGUGUUCAAAUCAAUACACUGAUAAGCAGUAGUGAGCAGUGGAAUGGCUGAAGGAGUCAGUCAAAACCUCUGCUGCUGUUCAUGCCAAGUUGGAAGAGCCCUUUGUCUGUGUCUUACCGUUGCAAAACUUUGGCUGGCCCUCCAGCCUAUGCCAUUUCAAAGUACAGCCCUUGUUAAAAACUAGUUGCCACCCAGAAAUGUGCCACUUCAACAUUAUUUUUUAAAAGGAGAUGUAUUGUUUCCAUGUUCCUUGAGAAUGCAGCACAUAAUGAAAUGGACAGAUUAAUACUAGAAUGCCAUUGACAAACUAGGAUGGGACAUAAUGCAGGCUUGUGCAGUCAUUACCUAGAUUUUCUCUUGACUAGGGAAGUAUUUGUUGCAUUAAACACAAGGCAUUGUUGCAUUGCAGAUAUUAAGAGGCACUGAACUUGUUCUGUUCUCUAUUUCAUAGGACUUUUCAAUUAAGAUUAUCGGAGACACCCAUGAUUACUGGAAGGCUCUAGUAAAUAACAAAACAGGUGGAGAAAUUUGCUGGUAAGUUGCUACUCUUCUCCUUCCAGUCUUGGGCUUUUAAAGAGAUGGAAUUAAAUGAGAGGGAUGAUCAUACGGCUCACCCGAUGCCUAAAAACGUUACUGUUAGCACUUGCACUCGUAAUGCAGGCAUCAUUUUGAAAUAUGUCAGGGUUAGGAAUAUAUCUCAGUAUUUUUAUAUUGAAUAAAUAUGCAGGGAGCGAAAACGUGGCUACUUCUAUAACUGAACUUUCUCUUCUAGCACAAAUACAACUUUGCCAGACAGCCCUUGCCAUUGUGAUCAAACAUCUGCAGGGGCUACUGUGGGAGAGGUAAGCAGAUCUGUUUAAUUUCUAUGCCCAGGACAUGUAAGGACACCGUUCUAAUUUGCAUGGCUGUGUGCAUUUCAUGCAAAGGCGGAAAAGCCGCCAAAUGUUGCAUUGGCUGCAGAACUCAGCAUCUUAGAAAUCUUUCUGUUCAACUUAUUUAAAAGAAGAUGGCUGUCUGGGUGGGCAAAAAAAGUGCCUGGCAAAACCUGUCAUGGUCCAAAGGUGGGUCUUUCCAUGUCCCAAAUAUUUCAUUUACCUAUAUCCUCAUGAACAAGGGAUGCACAUUAAGCAGGCUUGCUUUAUGCCUUCUACAUGGUACAGAACUUGGGUGUUGUGUAUAUUUUAUUUAUUUAAAGCACAGUCUACACCCAGUUCUGAAUGUUGUGCAUCUUCUGCUCCUGGGAUGGUGACUUCUAUUGCACAGCCAUCAUUUUGAGAGAAGAGACUGUCUAAUCUGAUUAGUAGUGCAGCCUGUGUCUAUUAGUGAUUACCUGGAUAAUUAUAAAAAAUGCUAAUACCAUUUCCAGGUCCCACCCUACCAUAUGUUUCAGUAAUACCACUUCACUGACACCAUGGGCAGAAAUAUCCUCCUAAACCCAUGUUUUGUAAAUGAUGGGAAGCCCUCAUAAGAACGUCCAUGCAAGUGCUAAGGAGAGGCAUAGCUUCCUUCACUAGUCCUAAGACUGUUCAGGCUGUAUCAGCUCCUUUUUUUUUCCUGUGCAAAGAGAACACACUGUACUUCCACCCCCCUCCUCUUCUCCCCCCCCCCAUAGGCCUACAUUUUCUACUCUUCCUCCCUUCCUUCUCUGCGCUCAUGCAAGGAAUGGAAAGCUGUCACUGUGAACCGCAAUGCCUCCCCCUGCUCUUUAGCUGAUUAUCUAGGGAAAUGCAAGGAUGCUGCCUAGUAUAAUGACCAAAAAUGCACAUUCUAAUGAAUUUGGUUAAAUGUGAGUGGGAAAAUAGCUCAUUGAUUCUGGUUGGGGUUGGUCUGCAGCAACUGCAGAAUGCCAGCUCCACAUCAGAAUGCCAGCACUUGAAAGGGUUAUCUUUUUAGUCUCAAGUUCCAGCUCCUCAGAUAUAUAGUUUUACUGGGAGCAUCAGAAGAGUUACUGUUUUUCAUCCAGUUAGUACCAGGAGGGGCAAUAACUGUAUGGCAUUUAAUUUAUUACAAUUAUUGCAUUUAUUUGCAAAAUCUUAUGUACUGAUGUGAAAGAGAAACUGAGUUUUUAAAUUUAGCAGGAAUCCUGGGUUUAAUGCUCUCCUUUUUCCCCCUAGGCACCUGCCAGUGGACCUGCCGAUCCAAUACCACCAGAAGGUAACCUUGAUUCAGAGUGAAUUUGAGAAGUGUUUGUGUGUGUGUGUGUGUGUGUGUGUGUGUGUGUGUGUGUGUGUGUGUUCUUGGAGAGUGGGAACCAUCAGUUAAGAGCUCUCAUUCUGCAUCCUCACCUGUAUGGCACUGACCUUUACAUUUAAACUACUACCCUAUUAGAGCUAAAUAUCUUGUUUGCAAGACUUGGACCAGGGAAAGCCAACAAUUCAGUAUUAGAGCUCCUGCAUUCUUCAACAUUUGUGUAACACUUCUGACAAGUGAUUAUGCAGUGCCUUAGGUGUCUGUAAAACUGCACUCGUCUGAAAGAUCUGUUAAUGCUUUCAGGAGGUCUAACAUCAAUACUUGACAACCCUCACUUUAUGACCCAGUUUCCCAGGAAUUGCAUCCAGUGCAACUUUUCUCUUCACGUUCUGAGUUACCAGUAAAUGUUGAAGGGCUGUCUUUCUAGUAUGCAAAUAGUCCAAUGUAAGCUCAAGACAUAGUUCCAGGCACAAAGCUUGCAGCUGCCCUUGUAGCCAAAUGCCUUGUACCUGUCUCCUUGCCUGUACAAAGGACACAAGCAUUUGUUUGCCUGCUCUCUAGCUGCUUAUAAAACAUCCAGUUUUAAAAACAAAAGCCAGGAUAAAUUAUAUGGAAAUUAGCAAUGUAUAACCGGCGUGCACGAAGUUCGCUUCACAUUUUAAAAUGGUGAUUUGCAAUGCCUUAUAAACAAUUUUUGCCAGGUUACAUUAUGAUAAAGUUUUUGUCUCCUUUUUCCAUUUCUUUGCCUUUAAAACCCAGUGGACAGGUGGUACUUCUAUGAGAAGUGACCGAGGCAGAUGCUGCCGUAGUUGCUACCGCAACACCAGGAAACACUUGUGCGCAACUAGAUGAGAACCGGGAACUUCCAUUUCAAGAGCAGUCCUGUUUUGAAACAUGUAAAAUAGUUUAUGAUGAUGUAACAGAUUUUUGCAUACCUACCAGUAACGUGUGCUUGGAAUAUAUGCUCGAAAUAUAUCAAGAUCCUAGCAUCGGAGCAGUUCUUGUGUAAAACACCAGCCUGACAGUCUUCAAAAUCUACUUGCACAUCAUGGCAAAUCACUGUUGCAUAACCCAGUUGUGUGUAGAUACCCGCUUUCGUUGCUUAUGAAGAAUUAUUGCUGAAGCGCAUUCUGAAGUCUUGUCUCCUUCAUGUUCUUUUGAAAUCUCAUGCGAUCAUGAAGAGAGAAGUGUGCGUAAUGGAAGAUGGAGGAAAAAGUAAAAAGAAGCGUUGGAUUCUGAAACCACCAUCCCCCCACUCCUUCUGUUUUAAAAACAGCAACAUUAUUGUGGAAGUCAGAGAUGCCUCUCCCUGUCACUAACCUUACCAGCUUGACAUGAGGCAGAAGUACAACACUUUUCAAGCAAUCCUUGUGUUAUCUAUGGCCGGUUUGGUAGCUCUGAUGACUAAGAGUAGUCUCCUAACCCUCCCAUCUCACAAUAAAUUAUGGCCGCAACUUCUUCACUGCAGUACUUGAUAGGUAGAGCUGCCAUUGACAGGUUGAAGGGGGGAUAAUGACACCCACUACUUGCCAUUUCCUAGUUGGUGGGCAUGCUCCAUGCCUCCUUGCCUGUCCUUUGUUCACUGCCCCCAUCAUCUAUACUACACUGAUACAGAUAUGUCAGGAACAUAUCUUUCAGGUUGUGGCACUGGCAAAAACAGAGUAGACAUGUAGGCCGGGAAUUCUGCAUAGCACUGCCUGGCUGCUGCCCCCCACUGGAUCCUGUGGGGACUGGAGGUGGGUAGCCUAGCAGCAUUAAUGCUGAGUGGAGUUUCCGGCCUGUGCACCUAUGCUCUUAACACUGAAUAUGCACAGGGUGGGAGUGGGGCUGCCAUAAUUUGGAUGGCAGUGCAGGCAGGUUUACAUGUACCACACAGGCCCCGGCUAAGCUACAUUUGUUGGCAGCAGUAGACUGGCAUAUUCUACUUGGUAGUAAAAUGAUUUGGAAAGCUCACUUCAUGCAAAAUUAUAGUCAAUAUCAAUACUAAAAUGAUACGCAGCUUUGAUUGUCUUGUAAUGAGAGUGAAUGCUUUGUCUGAGAAGCAGAACUAUGACAGACAGGCAGUUGCCCCCAUCCCUGCUUCUCUAUGGUGGAAGCUGUAAUUUGCUUGGUGUUGACUACUUUGGCGUGUCAGCCUUGCAUUUUAUACUAGAAGUGCCAGUUAGCCUGCACUGGGCCUAGGGCCCCUCAUGCAGAACUUGAGGCUACUUUCUCAUAGGAAUGAGUUUCUGGAAAUGUGUGUCCAUCAAUGGCACUGGUACUGAUUGUUCUACGCAGAACUUGAAAUUCUUCAAAAGGAUUUGCCACGCACUUCCUUGAGGUCAUGUUUUGGUGUUAAAAUGCAGCAUGUCUUUUGUUACAUAAAAACUUCUGUUGAGGCCGUAGGUGCCUUAUGUUUUUGAAAGAUCUGUUUUAUUGAUUUGGACAGAACACUAUUCUGUUCCAAAUAAAAUGCUGUUUGUGUAGUUAGGAAUAAGAUAACAAAGCUUCCCUCCUGGCAGCAGCAUUGUAAUGGCUGUGGCAUUAUGGUACAUGUCUUUUGUUGUACUGGAGACGGUGAAAAUUUCAGUAAUGAGGUGAGGUUUGAAGACGAUGGAUUUUCUCACUGGGAUCAUUACGAAUACUUGUGUGGGAAAGCAGACAGUCCUCUUAGCAAGGAACAUUUUGAGCGCUUGACAGAGAAUAAGCUCUUGAAGUCUCAUAAAAGAAUUCAAGCGA